CGUCAACAAAAAGCGAGUCCCUCUACCAUAUGAGAAUAAGGAAUUCCGAAUUUCAGACAAUGGCAUCGAAUCACUUGUAGUGAUACCAGCAAUUGAUGCACAGGUCACCUUCACUGGCAUGAUGUUUUUCAUCAACCUCCCAUGGCAACAGUUCCAUGGAAACACCGAGGGACAGUGUGGAACAUGUGAUAAUAAUCGUACAGAUGAUUGUCGCCUACCAAAUGGCACGGUUAUUUCUUCCUGUGAAAAAAUGGCUACACACUGGAAUGUCAGUAAUAAUAACAGUGUGUGUCUACCACCAAAGCCUGCUCCAACACCAGCACCAUGCAAUAAACCUCCAAUCUGUCAACUAUUCAGCAUGGUCUUUAAGGACUGCCUUGACAUUAUCCCAUACGAGUAUUUUGAGGAGGCCUGCAACUACGACGUGUGCCACAUGAACAACCAGUAUAUCGGCUGUGCCAGUUUGCAGAUGUAUGCCGAAAUGUGUGCUCUGGCAGGAGUCUGCAUCGACUGGAGGCCAGCCACCAAUGGAGUGUGUGAUUACAAGUGUGACCAGCCCAAAGUGUACAAAGCUUGCGGACCUCAGAUUCCACUGACUUGUGAUUUGGGAUUCAAUACCAAAUUCAUAAGCACACCCAGUCCAUUUAGUGCUUUGGAAGGUAUGUUCUGGGAAGGCUGCUACUGUCCGGAUGGCACGAUGGAGUUGAUACCAGGCUUAAACGUGUGUGUAAACAUUUCCUGUGACUAUUGCAUCUUGCCUGAAGGACAAUUUAAACAGGCUGGAGAGACCUGGGUUUCGGACUGUAUGACCUGCACCUGUGAAGAGACUCUCAGAGUGAACUGCAUGCAUGUGCCCUGUCCUACACAAGAGCCAGUUUACUGCGAUGCAGAUAAGGGUCAGAUGAAGAUCUCACAGGCUGUGGGUUGCUGUCAGCAGGACAUUUGUGUGUGUAAUAUGAGUCUGUGUCAAAACGAGAAGCAAACUUGCCCACUUGGAUUUACACCACGUGUCGAACCUCAGGGCUGUUGUCACACCUGUGUGCCUGACAAUGUCUGUGUGUUCAAUGAUACGGUCUACAAGCCUGGUGUAGCUGUUCCUAAGGAAAAAUGUAAGCACUGUGUGUGUACAGAGAAUGAUUCCCAAACCGAACUGGGCACAAUCACAUGCAGUCCUAUUUCAUGUCAAACACAAUGUCCACUGGGAUAUGAGUACCAGCUUGUUCAAGGAGACUGCUGUGGAAAAUGUGUACAGAUCAGCUGCGUGGUUACAUCUGGAAACAUAACUCAUAUGGUCAAGCCUGGUGAUACCUGGACUCCACCUAACGACAAGUGUGUAACUUACAACUGCAUGAAAAACGGGACGCAAUACAUUCCUGAAAAGAUCCAGCAUGUUUGCCAACCCUUCUUUGAAGAUGACUGUGUUCCUGGAACAAUUGUCAUUGACAACUGCUGCCCUACCUGCACACUAAAGAAUACAAGUUGCAGCCUCUACCGGAACUCUACUUAUCUCGAGAGCAAUGGCUGCACGACUGCAAAACCAGUGGAGAUGACGGCUUGUGAAGGCUCUUGUGUCACAUCUUCCCUCUACUCAAUGGCAGCCAACACCAUCCAGCACUCAUGCUCUUGCUGUCAGGAAGUCUCCACCAGCGAGAAGAAAGCAGAGUUCGUCUGUCCAGAUGGAACCAAGUUCACCCGCACGUACAUCUACGUGGAGAAGUGCAGCUGCUACGAGAGAGAGUGCACACUGAAAGAGAUCCCGGCCUCCAAGCAGCGGCGUAGGCGUCGGUGAUCCAGCGUAGAGCGAUCUUUCAUUUUCUCUAAUCAAUGUUAAUCUAUUUAUGACUUUAUUUACACUAAUCAACUAAGAAGAGUUGUGAAGACUGAAGCAAUGUCCUCUUUUUCCCUGUAAUUUCUUUCUGAUGCUUUAAACCUAAUAAACAUCAGCAAUCAA